GCCCUGGCAACGCGCCGUUGCUAAGGGCGGCCGCCAUGGCGGCGCCGGGGCUUGGGGUCUUCUUCGUCCUUAUCCUCCUCCUCCUCCUUCCGCCGCCGCCGCUCCGGGCAGAAGAGCCGGCCGCGGAGCCCGCAGAUACUCACGAUGCCGCUCAGGCCCGGGCCCGCAUCGUGCCGGCCCCGGUUACGGACGUUGCCAAGCUGUGUGUCUGUGACCUGCUGGUGGCACAGUGUGACAUCAACUGCUGCUGCGACCCCGACUGCAGCGCUGAGGACUUCAGCCUCUUCACCACAUGCUCAGUUCCUGUGGUCACAGGUGACAGCCAGCUGUGUAGUCAGAAAGCUGCAGUAUAUUCUCUUGAUGUUGAAGCAAAUCCACCAGAAAGGAUAUUUAAAUUAAUUGACCAAGUCAAUCCCAGUAUUUUCUGCAUUCAUGCUACAAACUAUGAACAAGCCGUGUACCUGAAAUCCCCUGAAAUCCCAACUCCAGAAAAUUUUGAUCAGUUGCUUGACAAGUUUGGAGGUGCUACUUUCAGUGCUGAGCCUGACAGCUGGAAUUUGGAUACAGAUGCUCAAAAUCCCCCUGAUGCAAAUGAAACGUACAGAUAUGAGUAUGGUGUUCCUGUGCAGACAGAGGAUGCGUUUCUAAGGCUGCCAAGUCCUGUUGUUUCUUCUUGGUGCUCUGAUGCGAAUCCUGCAGGGUUUUUAGUAAACCAAGCCACAAAAUGCAUUAGAUCAGUAAGUGUGGAAAAAUGUGACAGCAUUCAAGCACUUAGCAUGUUGUUUUAUAUCAACUCCAGCAUUUUGGCAGUGCCCAAAUCAAGUCAGAUGGUGAAUAUUACUGUCCAGUCCAUUGUUGUCCAGGGUCAGAAUGGAAUGAGGACUUUACUGAACAGUAGUGACGUCCUAAGGCUCCCGAUGGUUUUGGAUGGACUUUGCAUCAAUGCAGUUCUUGGGGUGAAUUAUCACAUUACCCACACAGACACAGGAGAAAUAAUAGAAGCAGCUGCUGCUUUUGUCUUGGGGGCAAUUAGCAAAGAAGCACUUUCAAUAGAGCAGAGCUUCGAAAUCAGCUUCACUCAGGAAAAUACACAGCCAGUUCCUCUCAGUGGCAAUCCUGGUUAUGUUGUUGGGCUGCCUGUCAGAGCAGGAUUCCGGCCUCAAGGAUCUGGCAUCAUUCAGAGUAGUAACAAACACAGCCAACUCACCAUUCUGCAGAGCACAUCCACCCAGGACUGCCUGGCAGCACAGGGAGCCAGAGCCCCAGUAUUAUUUGGUUAUAACAUGAUAUCAGGCUGUAAGUUACGAAUUACAGCAGCUAUGAAAUGCCAGCCUUUGGCUCAGACCCUCCUUGAUGUGCUGAAGGGCCAAAGCUUUCCUGAGUACGUGGCCUCAUUUGGGAAUUCUCAAGCCCAGGAUGUGCUCGACUGGGUGCCAAUAACUCAGCUCCACAUCUCAGAACAGGAACCAACUGGAGAAAAAAAAUGGGGCUGGGAAUGCAGAAAGAAGCUGGAGGGAACUCAUGGAAUAUUCAGAGGAGGAGUUUCACUCUUGCUGUGGAAGUUAUUUUUAACCUUGCAGAGCUCAUGCCAAAUACCAGUGUCACUGGGAAUAGAAGUGAAGUGGACUAAAUACGGAUCCCUGGUCAAUCCACAAGCCAGGAUAGUGAAUGUCACAGCCACAAUCACUACCACCACACUGAAGCAGCUUCCCUCAGGAAGGGAAAGGAUUAUUCCUAUAACAAGUUCUGUGGUUUUCACUGACAUCUCUUCACCUGCAGAGCCAGGCUACAAAGCUUGGCCCACCAUUAACAUCAAGUUACCCUUUGAUUUUUUCUAUCCAUUUGUCUAAGUUGUAGAUACUGGGCUAAAAUUGCCCAGGAGAGGAAGGGUGAGACCUUAUGAAAACCUCAGAAGGGUUAGGGUGAAGAAACCCCCAUGAGGUGGAAAGUAUCCAAUUAUAACUCUGCAAAGAGGUAAAAGGUCCGUUUGAACUUGCUGGUGCCUCUGGACCAGUCACAGCCACCACUCCUCCAGCACGUGGGAUCCAGCCCCAGCCUGCCCAGCAGAGGCAGGAGGGGAAGGGAAGAGCACAGGGACACACAGGGAAAGCAGGUUCAUUAUCCCAUAACAGCAGAGCUAAAUUGCUGAUUAAAGUCAUCAUGUGCUAUUAGAUAAGGCCUCUGCUUUAUCUCCUUUCAUAGAUGAAUAAGCCACAUAUUUCUGGCUAUUUUUCCUGUCCCACAAAUUAAUUACCUUCCUUUAAAAAUCUGAACAGUUGAGUUGUGCUUUGAGCAAAGCUCAGUGACCCUUCCAGCUGAGUGGGGCUGAAAUCCAUUGGAGACACCUGCUGCAGUCACCAGCUCUCAGAAUUCCCACUUCUUAAACCUCACUCUUCAGCUCUCAAACAGCCUCUCCACAGGGACACUCUAAUACCUGAAAAAGUUCAAACACCAGCCUGGCCCUUUAGAAUUUGCUUUUUCGUGGCUUUUCUGGAGUCUGACUGUUCCCAGUGGUGCACUCACCUACAUCUGUUCU